AUGCGAUCUCUUUAUGCAACGGCGACCUUCAUCCAGCUGGUGACCUUCUCCUGGUUCAACCCGCUGUUUAUAAGAGGAAACAGGAAGCCAUUAGAACGGGGUGAAGUUCCAGAUGUUGACAAGACGGACUCUGCUGAGUUUCUCUCUCAGUCAUUCGACGAUUCUCUGAGGAGGGUGAAGCAAGCCCACGAACUGCAGACCUCGAGCGUCUACAGUGCAGUGUUUCUGUUCAUCAGGAAGAAGGCGUUGAUAAAUGCAGCUUUCGCCGUGUUGACUGCCUGUGCUUCCUACGUGGGUCCCUACCUGAUCGACGACCUCAUAAAGUUCCUCGGUGAGAAGAGGAGUCAAAGCCUGAGAAGUGGAUACAUUCUAUCAGUCGGGUUUCUCAGCGCCAAAAUCGUGGAGACAGUCGCUCAGAGGCAGUGGAUAUUUGGAGCUCGGCAGCUUGGGAUGCGCCUGAGGGCAGCGUUGACCUCCCAAAUAUACAAGAAGGGCCUUCUGCUGUCGAGCCUGUCUCAACAGAACCACACGAGCGGGGAGAUCAUCAAUUACAUGAGCGUUGACGUGGAGAGGAUCACGGAUUUCAUCUGGUACCUGAACAUAAUCUGGAUGCUUCCCGUACAGAUCUCGCUGGCGACUUACAUUCUCCAUAUCAAUCUUGGCCUCGGUUCUCUAGUAGCUCUAGCAGCGACUGGCAUGGUAAUGGCGUGCAACUUUCCCGUGAUCAAGCUCGUGAAAGGAUUUCAAUCGAGAAUCAUGGAAGCUAAAGACCAUCGCAUGAGAGCGACCUCAGAGGUUCUAAGAAACAUGAAGACCUUGAAGCUUCAUGCCUGGGACACACAGUACCUCCGCAAACUAGAAGGUUUGAGGGAAACAGAGCGCCACUGGCUGUGGAAGUCCUUGAGGUUGCAGGCGAUCUCCGCCUUCAUUUUCUGGGGGUCGCCUACAUUCAUAUCGGCAGUGACCUUCGGAACCUGCAUUCUGAUGGACAUUCCCCUCACCGCGGGCAGAGUUCUGUCCGCGUUGGCAACGUUCAGAAUGUUGCAGGAUCCGAUCUUCAAUCUCCCGGAUUUGCUCCAAGUGAUCGCACAAGCGAAAGUCUCGGCAGAUAGGGUAGCCUCCUACCUGCAAGAAGAUGAGAUCAAGAAAGAUUCAGUGGAGAUCGUUCCAAGAAAUGAAGGGGGGGACAUUAGUGUACAGAUUGACGGCGGGAGAUUCAGCUGGGACCAUGAAAGCAGCUCUGCAACCCUAGAGGACAUACACUUAACUGUUAAGAGGGGGAUGAAGGUCGCUAUUUGUGGAACGGUCGGCUCGGGUAAGUCCAGUUUGCUCUCCUGCGUGCUCGGGGAGAUACCCAAAUUAGCAGGGAGAGUGAAGGUCAGCGGGAGCAAAGCGUACGUCCCUCAGAGCCCAUGGAUACUCACAGGGAACGUCAGAGAGAACAUUCUCUUUGGUCAGCCAUUCGAGGGCGACAGAUACGAGAGAGUAAUCCAAGCCUGCGCUCUGGCGAAGGACUUUGAGCUCUUCGCCAGCGGCGACCUUACAGAGAUUGGAGAGAGAGGCAUCAACGUGAGCGGAGGCCAAAAGCAGAGAAUACAGAUCGCCCGAGCCGUCUACCAGGACAGCGACAUUUACCUUCUGGAUGAUCCCUUCAGCGCUGUGGAUGCCCACACUGGAAGUCAGCUGUUUAAGGUCUAUCACAGCCAUGAUUAUCAAUCACCCCCUUCAGAAAAAAAUAGCAUUUUUUAAAUUUUAGAUUGACGAUUUCGUAAGAUUUCCUAGGGUGUCCACAUCCAUUUUCAUUUUUUUUGUUACUGAAACAGGCCACCCUCCUUUUGUGGAAUGCAGGACUGUUUGAUGGGGAUUCUCAAGGACAAGACCAUACUGUACGUAACCCACCAAGUCGAGUUUCUUCCAGCGGCUGACCUGAUUCUGGUAAGAAAGAUUCAGCCUGAUCUUCUUGGCGUAGAAUCAUCCACUCAGAAGGAGUUCAUCUGAUUUAUCUACAUGCUGGUGGAAAACAUUAGAUAACAUGGAAAAAAAUCCGAAACAGGUGAUGAAAAAUGGAAGGAUCUCGCAAGCGGGAAGGUUUGAAGAGCUGUUACAAGAAAACGUGGGGUUCGAGGUGCUUGUAGGAGCUCAUAGUCAAGCACUGGGAUCAGUCCUUGCCGUUGGAAAUUCACCUCAGAUAGAAGAAACCCAUGAAAGAGGAAGAACGGCGCCAUCAGGUAGUGGGGAGGAGGAUGAAGAGCAUCCAGCGAGAAUCCAACUGCAGAACGGGGAUUCUGUUGAUCGGAAACAGUCCAAAGAAAAACUCUGCGUAGAUAAUUUAGAGAGAGGGAGGAUCGGGCAAGAUGAAGAGAGAGAAACGGGAAGUAUCGACAAAGAAGUUUACUGGACAUACUUGACCGCAGUUAGAGGUGGAAUCUUUGUCCCAAUGAUUAUCACAGCCCAGUGUCUCUUCCAAGCAUUGCAGGUUGCAGGCAACUACUGGAUAGCAUGGGCCUCUCCCUCCACGGAAGGGAUCAAACCAGCGGUAGAUAUAGCCGUACUCUUUGUAGUAUAUGUGCUUCUUUCAGUCGUUAGUUCACUCUUUGUGCUGGUUAGAGCAAUGUUGAUAGCCAUAGCUGGCCUUCAAACGUCGGAGAAAUUCUUCGCAAAUAUGCUGCACAGUAUCAUGCGCGCCCCAAUGCUGUUCCUUGAUUCGACACCAACGGGAAGGAUCCUGAACAGGGUGGGUAACCUAAUUCCGGAUAUUUAGAAGUGAGUUCGCUUUCAAGAUUUCCACGGCUCUGCACUAACUUUUUCUGCAAAAACUGUAACAGGCCUCCACAGAUCAAAGUGUUCUCGACAUGGAAAUCGCAAUAAGGAUCGGGUGGUGUGCUUUAUCCGUGAUACAGAUUCUGGCUACCAUUGGCGUGAUGUCUCAGGUGGCAUGGCCAGUGUUCGCCAUAUUUGUACCUGUGACAGCGAUCUGCAUAUGGUAUCAAGUAAGAAUUUCUCCAACUUGUACGCUGGCAGAUCCAAUAUCUGAGAAUGGUUUCUAAUUUUUUUUACCUCCGACUGCUUUUUUUGCCGACGCAGCGAUACUACACGCCGACUGCAAGAGAACUCGCCCGCUUGUCGGGAAUUCAGAGGUCUCCGAUCCUUCACCAUUUCGCAGAGUCACUCGCAGGAGCCGCAGUCAUCAGAGCUUUUGAACACGGCGACCGGUUCACCGAUAAGAACAUGUCUUUGAUCGACGAUUACUCGAGACCGUGGUUCCAUAACAUCUCCGCCAUGGAGUGGCUUUCCUUCAGGUUGAACCUGUUGUCGCACUUCGUGUUCGCCUUCUCCCUGGUUCUCCUCGUGAGCCUCCCCGACGGAGUUAUCCGCCCAAGUAAGAGAGCUCUCGGCUCCUUCUUGACCUAAUUAUAACUUUUGAUUCUGAUAUCUCAAGCGACGCCGCCGUAUUGCAGGCAUUGCGGGACUGGCUGUGACGUACGGGCUUAAUCUCAACGUGCAGCAGGCUUCGAUCAUCUGGAACCUGUGCAAUGCAGAGAACAAGAUGAUCUCAGUGGAGAGGAUACUCCAGUAUUCGAGGAUAGAGAGCGAAGGGCCCUUGCAUGUCGAAGGCUGCAGACCGCCCACCAGUUGGCCCGAGAUGGGGACCAUCUGCUUGAAGGAUCUGCAGGUAGGCCGGCCCUCAAAAUUCUGCAAACUGUAGACGGAAAUUGAGCCAACUUUCAACUCAGUCCUUUUGAACAAGAAUGAGAGAUCGAUGAAGACCCCGAUCUUCUGUAACUUCAUCUUUCCUCACAGCGAUACUUGCUUGUUUCCCACAGGUUCGGUAUGCAGAACGCCUGCCAUCCGUUCUGAAGAGCAUUACCUGCACGUUCCCAGGGAAGAAGAAGAUUGGUGUUGUGGGGCGAACUGGCAGUGGGAAGUCAACUCUCAUACAAGCUAUCUUCCGAAUCGUGGAGCCGAGGGCAGGAAGCAUCGUGAUCGACGGCAUAGACAUCUGCAAGAUCGGCCUUCAUGAUCUAAGAUCCAGGCUCAGCAUCAUCCCCCAGGAUCCAACGAUGUUCGAAGGGACAGUGAGGUGCAACCUUGACCCGCUGGAGGAGUACUCGGAUCUCCAGGUGUGGGAGGUAUGUUGGCGACUUUGAUUUGAAUCCUUUUUUCUCUUCAAUACUAUGAAUCCCUAGUGACAAGAAUCAUGCGGCGUCGCUAUCAAACCUUCGUUGAUAUUGCUUUUUACUUAAGAAUAUUCACACGAUGAAAACUCUGAACUCGGUGGAUGUGGAUUCUCAAAUUCUGAAGAGCUCCGUCUUCACCUUCGCGACCAUGAAUCCUCAGAUGUGAUGAUGAUGCAGGCGGUGGAAAAAUGCCAGCUCGGAGAUCUGGUGCGCGACAAGGGCAAGAAGUUGGAGGCAACAGGUAGGUCGAAUCGCAUGAGAAUGCACUUUCCUUGAUCUUCCUAUCAAAUCGGCGUCGGAAUUUAGAUGUUGUUCAUAAAUAAGAAAACGCGGGCUCUCACAGUGGUUGAAAACGGGGAGAACUGGAGCGUCGGACAGAGGCAGCUGUUCUGCCUGGGAAGAGCCCUGCUGAAGAAGAGGACCAUUCUCGUGCUCGAUGAAGCAACCGCGUCAGUCGACUCCGCAACUGAUAGCGCCAUGCAGAAGAUUAUUCGCCAAGAGUUCAUCGACAGCACAGUCAUCACCAUAGCUCAUCGUAUACAUACAGUCAUAGACAGCGACCUCGUUCUAGUUCUCAGUGAAGGUAAGCGGCUCCAGGCGAAAGCACCAAGCAGAGAAUCGCAUCAAUGGCUGAACUGACCAUUUUCUCCUCAUUCUGCGGCAGGGAAAGUUCAUGAAUACGAUACUCCGGCUAGGCUAUUAGAACGGCCAGACUCGGAGUUCUCCAGGCUGGUCAGGGAGUACUCUUUGAGGUCCCAUAGCUUCAACAACCUGGCGAACGUACCCGGUGAUGCCUAG